GCUCGUAUUAAGAAGAUUAUGAAACUGGAUGAAGAUGUGAAGGUGAAUUCACACUCAUGUUAUAUAUGGAAAUAGACACAACGAAGUUAAAUGACUCACCCAGGUUUAAAGAGCCUUGUUGGACCAGGAGCUUGCACUUUGAAGUCAGACGCAAUGAGGCCUCUUAACAUUGCUCAAGUACUUAAUGCGUGCCUUGCCCUGUGCUGAGUGCUUUUACAUAUAUAAUCUUACUUGAUUCUCACAACAACAGGAAGAAGGUUAUCCUCUUUUUUCAACAUGUGAAAAAGACAGCUCAGAAAAGAUGGCCAGCUUGCGAUUUUACUUAAAUCCAUGGGCUCCCAAACUCAUUAUUUUUGCUCACCUUGUCACCCAUCAGAUUAGAACCUAAACCCUGCCACUUACUGACUCUUGGGCCAUGGGCAAGUCACUGCACAUCUCCUGAACCCUAGUUUCUUAGAAAGGCUAUUAUGAAGGUAAGAAAGUACCUUGCAAAGGGCCUGGCAUAUGGUAGGUGCCAGAUAAGUUUUUCUUCUUCCUCUUCCCUUCUUAUCUUAGUCCCUACUACCUGCUUUUCCCCCACCCAUGGAUUUACCUUGGAAUCUCUUGAGGCUACUACCUUCUCAUUUUUCAGCCCUUGCCUCAUAGUCCCGUGGUAGGACAUGACGCAAGAGAAAAAUUGGCUUGUAUACCUUGAUGUUGAUUGACGGGAAGGACCUACCUCUGUUGCAGAUGAUCAGUGCAGAAGCCCCUGUGCUCUUUGCCAAGGCAGCUCAGAUUUUUAUCACGGAGUUGACUCUUCGAGCCUGGAUCCACACAGAGGAUAACAAGCGCCGGACUCUACAGAGGAAUGAUAUCGCUAUGGCAAUUACAAAAUUUGAUCAGUUUGACUUUCUCAUCGAUAUUGUUCCAAGAGAUGAACUGAAACCUCCAAAGCGUCAGGAGGAGGUGCGCCAGUCUGUGACUCCUGCCGAGCCCGUCCAGUACUACUUCACGUUGGCUCAGCAGCCCACCGCCGUCCAAGUCCAGGGGCAGCAGCAAGGCCAGCAGACCACCAGUUCCACGACCACCAUCCAGCCGGGGCAGAUCAUCAUCGCGCAGCCUCAGCAGGGCCAGACCACACCCGUGACGAUGCAGGUUGGAGAAGGUCAGCAGGUGCAGAUUGUCCAGGCCCAGCCACAGGGUCAAGCCCAGCAGGCCCAGAGUGGCACUGGACAGACCAUGCAGGUGAUGCAGCAGAUCAUCACCAAUACAGGAGAGAUCCAGCAGAUCCCGGUACAGCUGAAUGCCGGCCAGCUGCAGUAUAUCCGCUUAGCCCAGCCUGUAUCAGGCACCCAAGUUGUGCAAGGACAGAUCCAGACGCUCGCCACCAAUGCCCAGCAGAUCACACAGACAGAGGUCCAGCAAGGACAGCAGCAGUUCAGCCAGUUCACAGAUGGACAGAGGAACAGCGUGCAGCAAGCUCGAGGCUCUGAGCUAACGGGAGAGGCAGAGCCCAGAGAAGUGAAAGCCACAGGAAAUUCAACUCCCUGCACCUCUUCCCUGCCCACCACACACACCCCCUCACACCGGGCUGGUACCUCCUGUGUCUGCUGUUCCCGACCCCAGCAGAGCUCCACACCCCCUCCUCCCUCUGACGCCUUGCAGUGGGUGGUGGUUGAGGUAUCUGGGGCCCCUGACCAACUCGAGGCCCAUAGAGAGCUGCAUGCCCCUCUCCCAGGGGUGACCUCACUCUCUCCUCUCCACCCCUCGCAGCAGCUCUACCAGAUCCAGCAAGUCACCAUGCCUGCGGGCCAGGACCUCGCCCAGCCCAUGUUCAUCCAGUCAGCCAACCAGCCUUCUGACGGGCAGGCCCCCCAGGUGACCGGCGACUGAGGGCCUGAGCUGGCAAGCCCAAGGACACCCAAUGCAAUUUUUGCCGUACAGCCCCAGGUGAUGGGCACAGCCUCCCUCCCCAGAGGACCCGGCCGACCUCAGCGCCUCCUGCAGGCUAGGAUACUGGUGCACUACGCCCCACACCUGGGGGCCGAGAUUCUCCAGCGAAAAGAUGCGAUAUUUUUUAUUUCUUUUUUCCCAUCCCCCCACCCCCCAAGGAAUCAGUAUUUCAAUAUGUUGAGCUGUGUGUCCAAAGCUAUGAAAUGAAAAUAUUAAAUAACAUAUUUAUGGCAUUUUCUUGAA